AUGCCACCCAACGUUGAUGUCUGUCGCUAUCCUUCUAAUACAAUUACAAAAGUCACAAUGGACGCCAUGUUUAACUUCAGUGAAGAAGAAUUGAAUACAGGAGCUAUUCAUUCAAACGACGAAUCAGCACAUAGUAGUCCAUCGACGUCAACGAUAUUGUCGACAACGUCAGAAAAUGUAGGACGACCACAAAUCAAACGACCAUCAUCAUUGAAUGUGUCAAUGCCAACAGAACUUGUCCUACGCGAUACAACAAAUGCCGGAUGUAAAUCGGAAAGUUCGCCGACAAGCAGCGUGCAAAAAAGACAGCAAAAAAAGAAAAAACGUCGAACAGCUAAUUCCUAUUCGGACAUAUCAUUUAAUGAUAAAUACAAACUAACUGAAGAAUUACUUGGAACCGGUGCACACGGAGUUGUUAAGACGUGUCGCGAUCGAGUGACAAAACAAGAAUAUGCUGUAAAGAUAAUAAGUAAAGCGCGUCAUCCGAAUCGAAUGCGUGUAUUCAAAGAAAUCGAUAUUUAUUAUCAUUGUCGCGGUUGUGAAAACAUUCUAAGCAUUAUUGAUUUUCUCGAAGAUGAUGAUUAUUUUUAUCUUGUCUUUCAAAAAAUGGAAGGCGGACCAUUACUCAAUCACAUAAUGAAACGCGGCCGUUUAACUGAACGUGAAACCAGUUUGAUCGUACGUGAUAUUGCUAAUGGUCUUAAUUUUCUUCAUUCCAAGGGCAUGUCACACAGAGAUUUGAAACCGGAAAAUAUCUUAGUCGAACGUGCCGAUUCAUUAAUACCAAUAAAAUUAUGUGAUUUUGAUUUGGGUUCAGCAAUUCGUCUCAAUAGUAAUAAAACGACACCGAUUACAACACCAGAAUUAUCAACACCUGUUGGCUCAGUUGAAUUUAUGGCACCAGAAGUUGUUGAUGCAUGGACAAGCUUAGAAGGUUCAUUACAAAUGUAUGAUAAGCGUUGUGAUUUAUGGUCACUUGGUGUUAUCAUCUACAUUAUGCUAUCGGGUUAUCCACCAUUUUACGGUUCGUGUGGCCAUACAUGUGGAUGGACGAAGGGUGAAGAGUGUGAACAAUGUCAAAGUUUAUUAUUUGAACGAAUACAAGAUGGAGAAUUUGAUUUUCCCGACAAGGACUGGAAAUAUAUUUCGGAUGGUGCAAAAGAUUUAAUUAAACGUUUGUUAGUUCGUGAUGCAUCGCUACGUUUGACCGCUGCUGAAGUUCUUCAACAUCCAUGGGUUAAAAAUAGUCAAAUACUCGAUGACGAACGGCCAUUAAAUACUCCCGAACGUUUACAACGUCAUGAUAGUAUUCGUAGAUUAGAAUCAUUUACAAAAGAUGCAUUAAGUAUUACGAAGAUGAUUGAAGAACGCAAACGUAUGAUGCAUUAUCGCUCACAUAGUACUGAUAGUUUGAAUCAACGAAGUCGAACACCAUCGUAUGAUGAUGCCGAUGAUGAAGAUUUCAAUGAAUUAGAUACGAGUGCAACGAGUGCAAAACGACGAAUACGAAAGAAAAAGAAACCGCAGCAACAGAAUAAAAAUGAAGUUCACGAUGAUGACGACGAUGAUAAUCAGAAUUUUGAUAACAUAAGACGAAGAUUAUCAAGCGCUACAAUGACAUCAGGGGAAGAGGACGCCGGUGGUGAUGAAGAUUGUUUUGGUUGUAGCUUUAAAACAGUUAUCCAUCGACCGACGGCACAUUUUUACUUACCAUCAUCAGAUAGUGUACCUCAACAGAUGGCACCUGCACCGCCUGUACCAUCCGUAUCGGCUCCAUCACAACAACCAGCAGUGUUGCCACUGACACCACCGCCACCGCAAUCCAUUGCUCUGACACCGUCAGCAACAAUGAUCCCGGCAACACCGGUGCCGGUGCUUGUAUUUCCAUCACCACCCCUCAGUUUAGCAAUGCAUCAUCGAGCGCAUACUGAUACGGAUUUACUUUUUUACAAUCAACAACCUCAGCCAAUAUUUUAUCCACCACCCAACUGGUAUCCUCCAAUACCACCGGGUUUCAUCUAUGCUCCAUCUCCGCAUCCAUCUUCAUUUGUCAUGCAGCAAGUACCUUUUCGAAGUUCAUCAGUUGAUUGUCGUCGUACGGCAAAUAAUGUUAAUGAGCGUCAUGUGUUACAUCCGGAACGGGUUUGGUAA